UUACUCUCUGGCUUUGGAUAGCCAUGGCUGAAGCUUCAAGAGUUCUGCAGACCACUCUCAUUCCCAGCUUCCAUCCACAACACAGAAGUCCCAUAUUUCAGUCACUCCCAUUGAAUUUCCGCAGAAACCCAAUUCAGUGCACAGUCUCCACAAGUAACAGCACCAAAGCCACAGUGCCCCAGAAAAUCCCAUGGGGCUGUGAAAGUGAUUCUUUGGAAAACGCUUCUGCCCUGCAGAAAUGGCUGACUGACUCGGGCCUUCCACCCCAGAAAAUGGCCCUGCAAAAAGUGGAAGUUGGGGAGAGAGGACUGGUUGCUUUGAAGAAUAUAAGGAAGGGGGAGAAGCUGCUCUUUGUGCCUCCCUCUCUGUUUAUCACUGCAGACUCAGAGUGGACUUGUGGGGAGGCUGGUAAGGUGUUGAAGCAAAAUGGUGUGCCUGACUGGCCAUUUCUUGCAACCUAUCUGAUUAGUGAAGCAAGUUCCCUUGAAUCUUCUAGAUGGAGCAACUAUAUUUCUGCCUUACCAAGACAGCCUUAUUCACUUCUGUAUUGCCUUUAUAUAUCAUUUCAGGACUCGCGAAGAACUUGAUCGGUAUUUGGAAGCAUCACAAAUUAGACAACGGGCAAUCGAAAGAGUUACUAAUGUUGUUGGAACGUUGUUCAAUUGGUUAUGGUUCAGCAUUGACUUUCACAGACAAUUCAAAUAAAAUUAAGAAAGGAACCAAGGGAGAUGCAACUAUUUUAAAGCCAACCAUCAUGACAGCAGUUCCUGCUAUUUUAGAUCGUGUUCGAGAUGGAGUUCUGAAAAAGGUUGAGGAGAAAGGUGGGCUAGCAAAGAAUCUUUUUAACUUCGGAUUUAGACGGCGACUGGCAGCUGUAGAAGGAAGCUGGUUUGGGGCUUGGGGUUUGGAAAGGAUGGUGUGGGAUGCCGUUGUCUUCACAAAGAUACGCUCAAUACUCGGAGGACGCAUUCGCUUUAUGCUUUGUGGUGGUGCUCCAUUGUCUGCUGAGUCACAGCGGUUCAUCAAUAUCUGCAUGGGGGCUCCUAUUGGGCAAGGAUAUGGCUUGACAGAAACAUUUGCUGGAGCUACAUUUUCUGAGUGGGAUGACACAACAGUGGGCCGUGUUGGCCCACCCCUUCCUUGUGGCUACAUUAAGCUUGUUUCUUGGAAAGAAGGAGGAUACUUGGCAUCUGACAAGCCUAUGCCUCGUGGGGAGAUUGUAGUAGGGGGAUUUAGUGUAACUGCUGGUUACUUUAAGAAUCAAGAAAAGACUGAUGAGGUGUAUAAGGUUGAUGAGAAGGGCAUGCGCUGGUUUUAUACGGGUGACAUUGGAAUGUUUCAUCCUGAUGGAUGCCUUGAAAUUAUAGAUAGGAAGAAGGAUAUCGUUAAACUCCAGCAUGGAGAGUACAUUUCCCUUGGAAAGGUUGAGGCUUCGUUACAAUCAAGUAAUUACGUGGAUAAUAUUAUGGCAUAUGCAGAUCCCUCCCACAACUACUGCAUAGCUUUAGUUGUCCCUGCACGUCAGGCCCUCGAGAAGUGGGCCCAAGAAGCCGACAUCAAAUACAAUGAUUUUUCUGAGCUGUGUGGAAAAGCUGAAACAGUCACUGAGGUUCAGCAAUCCCUCUCUAAGGUAGCAAAGGCAGCAAAAUUGGACAAGUUUGAAACUCCUGCAAAGAUUCAGUUGCUAGCCGAUCCAUGGACACCCGAGUCUGGAUUGGUUACUGCUGCUAUGAAGAUUAAGAGGGAACAGAUCAAGUCCAAGUUCAAAAAUGAGCUGCAGAAGUUGUAUGCGUGAACAAGAAUGGUUUAUGUGUUUCCCUAGGUUGCGCUAUAUAUUUUGGUAUUUGUUGGUCCAAAAUUUUCUAUAUCUCAGUAAUUUCAACGCUAUUACUUUUGCACCUGAAAUCAUCUGUUCCGAUCCCCCUACCCUGAUAUCGCUUGUAUAAAAAAAAGCGGCUACUUCUAAGUUUUA